AUGUCCGGCGGGCCACAAUAUAUGCCAGGAAUGAUGGGAAGUUCUGUUAUGCAGAAUGGACCAACUUCCUACAAUAAUGGACCACAAUCGUCGUCCACAGUGCAACCUCCACAACAGUCAUCUACACAGCCCUACCCGCCGCCAUCGACUGUUCAGAGCACCACAUUGCAAAAUGAUCUCGAAGAGAUCUUUAGCUCGAAUUCAACCGGCGGAGGUUCACAAUCAUAUGCAGACGUACCACCACGGGAAGGUGGCAGUUUGGCACCAGGCGCACCAAUCGGAAAUACGGGAGUUUCCAUUGGCGAAUCUGCGGGUCAAUCAACCGGACAAUUUUCGGGUACAUCGGGAGCCCUUCAACCGUAAGUUUCUCACAAAUCGUGGAAAAUUGGAUUAACCAUUGUUCUUGCAGAUUGAAUCCAUCGGGUGUACAAUUCCAAUGUCCUCGUCGACCAAAUCACGGUGUCGAUGGAAGGCCAAUUCUUCUUCGCGCCAAUCACUUUCAAGUUCGCAUUCCUGGCGGAACAAUUCAACAUUAUCAAGUUGAUGUAUCUCCAGACAAAUGCCCACGGCGUGUCAAUCGGUUAGUGAUCCUAUAGAUAACAUGAAAUGAUAUAAACUUUUUCUUUCAGAGAGAUUAUUGGUUGUAUGAUCCAUUCGUUUUCCAAAUAUUUUGGCAAUUGUCGACCAGUUUAUGAUGGAAAACGCAAUAUGUAUACAAGAGAUCCGUUGCAUAUUGGUAGAGAUCGUAUGGAUUUCGAAGUUGUGCUACCUGGCGAUUCCGCUGUCGAACGACAAUUCUCAGUUUCACUCAAAUGGAUUGGACAAGUGUCAUUGUCAAGUCUCGAAGAUGCGAUGGAAGGUCGUGUUCGACAAGUUCCAUUCGAAGCUGUUCAAGCGAUGGAUGUGAUUUUGAGACAUUUACCAUCGUUGAAGUACACACCAGUCGGACGAUCAUUCUUCUCGCCUCCAGCUGCUGGUCAACACAAUGCUCCUUCACACGGAUCACAAUAUCACGCUGAAAGCAAAUUAGGAGGAGGUCGCGAAGUCUGGUUUGGAUUCCAUCAAUCUGUCCGACCAUCACAAUGGAAAAUGAUGCUCAAUAUUGAUGGUGAGUUUAGAAAAUUUAACCGACUUUUUCAAAAUUUUUCUUUCAGUCUCCGCAACAGCUUUCUAUCGAGCAAUGCCAGUUAUCGAAUUCAUUGCUGAGGUUUUGGAAUUGCCAGUUCAAGCGCUCACCGAAAGACGUGCUCUUUCUGACGCUCAACGCGUCAAAUUCACCAAGGAAAUCAGAGGCUUGAAAAUUGAAAUCACUCAUUGCGGACAAAUGCGCAGAAAAUAUCGUGUUUGCAACGUCACCAGACGUCCAGCUCAAACUCAAACAUUCCCACUUCAACUCGAAAUCGGACAAACCAUCGAAUGCACCGUCGCCAAAUAUUUCUACGACAAAUAUCGCAUUCAACUCAAAUACCCACAUUUGCCGUGUCUUCAAGUUGGACAAGAGCAAAAGCACACCUAUUUGCCACCAGAGGUCUGCAAUAUUGUUCCAGGACAACGAUGCAUCAAGAAGUUGACUGAUGUUCAAACAUCGACAAUGAUCAAGGCAACAGCUAGAUCAGCACCAGAAAGAGAGCGCGAGAUCAGCAAUCUUGUUCGCAAAGCUGAAUUCUCGGCUGAUCCAUUUGCUCACGAAUUUGGAAUCACUAUCAAUCCAGCAAUGACUGAAGUCAAGGGACGACUUUUGCCAGCACCAAAAUUGUUGUACGGUGGAAGAACUCGUGCGACAGCAUUGCCAAAUCAAGGAGUUUGGGAUAUGCGUGGCAAACAAUUCCACACCGGUAUUGAUGUCAGAGUAAGUUGAACUCAAAUUUUCAUACUGUCUUUUUCAUAUUGAUAUUUUAUGAUAAAAUCAAUAAUUUCUUAUAGGUAUGGGCUAUCGCAUGUUUCGCCCAACAGCAACACGUCAAGGAAAAUGAUUUGCGAAUGUUCACCGCACAAUUGCAAAGAAUCUCCAACGACGCUGGAAUGCCAAUUGUGGGUAACCCAUGCUUCUGCAAAUAUGCCGUCGGUGUUGAACAAGUUGAGCCAAUGUUCAAGUAUUUGAAACAAAACUAUGCUGGAAUCCAAUUGGUCGUUGUUGUUCUCCCAGGAAAAACUCCAGUCUAUGCUGAAGUCAAACGUGUUGGAGACACUGUUCUCGGAAUUGCAACUCAAUGUGUGCAAGCGAAGAAUGCGAUUCGAACAACACCACAAACUUUGUCGAAUUUGUGCUUGAAGAUGAAUGUGAAACUUGGUGGUGUCAACAGUGUGUUGAUUCCAAAUGUUCGUCCAAGAAUCUUCAACGAGCCGGUUAUCUUCUUUGGUUGUGAUAUCACUCAUCCACCAGCUGGUGAUUCACGCAAACCAUCAAUUGCCGCUGUCGUCGGAUCAAUGGAUGCACAUCCAAGCAGAUAUGCGGCAACUGUGCGCGUUCAACAACAUCGUCAAGAAAUCAUCUCGGAUCUUACCUACAUGGUCCGCGAACUUCUUGUUCAAUUCUACCGCAACACUCGUUUCAAGCCAUCAAGAAUUGUUGUUUACCGUGAUGGAGUUUCUGAAGGACAAUUCUUCAAUGUAAGUUUACCACCCAUAUGGGAUUCUAAUAAUAAUAAUUCAAAUCUAAUUUUUUUAGGUUCUUCAAUAUGAACUUCGCGCAAUUCGUGAAGCUUGUAUGAUGUUGGAACGUGGAUAUCAACCAGGUAUCACCUUCAUCGCAGUUCAAAAACGUCAUCACACUCGUUUGUUCGCCAUCGAAAAGAAGGAUCAAGUCGGAAAAGCCUACAACAUCCCACCAGGAACAACCGUCGAUGUUGGAAUCACUCACCCAACCGAAUUUGAUUUCUACCUUUGUUCACACGCUGGUAUCCAAGGAACAUCUCGCCCAUCUCAUUAUCACGUUCUCUGGGAUGAUAACAAUUUGACAGCCGACGAAGUUCAACAACUCACCUAUCAAAUGUGCCACACUUAUGUGAGAUGCACAAGAUCUGUGUCGAUUCCGGCUCCAGCUUACUAUGCUCAUCUUGUUGCAUUCCGCGCCAGAUAUCAUUUGGUAGAUCGUGAACACGAUUCAGGCGAAGGAUCUCAACCAUCUGGAACAUCUGAAGACACAACAUUAUCAAACAUGGCUCGGGCUGUUCAAGUAAGAUAUUUAAGUUUCAAUAUUUCCCCUAAUCAUUUAUUUUUUCAGGUUCAUCCAGACGCCAACAAUGUUAUGUAUUUUGCUUAA